AUGCGUCAUAAAUUGGUCUUGAAAAAUUAUUUUCACAACUUGGCUGUUCGCAACAUGGCUACAUGUGGUGGUGGUUCCGGUCAUUCUGGUACCCCGCCUUUGCUUAUAAAAGUAGAAAAAAAAAUCCACGUGCCCAAUCCCGUGGUUGAGAUGGACGGGGAUGAGAUGACGCGUACCGCUUUGGCGCUUAAUGUACAGCUAAUUUUCCCGUUUGUCGAGCUCAACAUAAAAUACUUUGACUUGGGGCUGCCAAAUAGAGAUGCCACUGACGAUCGGGUGACCAUUGAUGCCGCAAAAGCCAUUUUGGAAUGCGGAGUCGGCAUCAAGUGCGCAACGAUC